AUGCCGCGGACGCAGACCCCCCCUGGGCCCCCCGACCCUCUCGUCCGGGCCGACCGAGGCGCACCCUCCCGGCCGCGGACCCGGCGGGGUCCCCCACGGCAAGGGACGGUAGGGCGAACAGGUGCCAUCGGGUAUAUAGGGGAGAGCGUCCUCGGCGAGCCAGCCCUUCGAUCUCGCGCGAGCCUACCCGACCUAGGCUCACCCUCCCCGGGCACGGGGUCGGGCUCCCUCCCCCUGGAGGUCCGGACCUCCAGGGCGCCCGACCCUGCCUCCCCUGCCCGAGGGGUGACUCAGGAGCGGACACCGGGCCGGGACAGGGCCGCCCUCCCUCCUGGAAGUCGGGGACCUCCAGGGCGCCCGACCCUGCCUCCCCUGCCCGAGGGGAGGCCUCCGAGGCGGGCGGGACAGGGCCGCCCUCCCUCCUGGAAGUCGGGGACCUCCAGGGCCCUCGACCCAGCCUCCCCUGCCCGAAGGGGUGACUCAGGAGCGGACACCGGGCCGGGACAGGGCCGCCCUCCCUCCUGGAAGUCGGGGACCUCCAGGGCCCCCGACCCAGCCUCCCCUGCCCGAAGGGGUGACUCAGGAGCGGACACCGGGUCGGGACAGGGCCGCCCUCCCUCCUGGAAGUCGGGGACCUCCAGGGCCCUCGACCCAGCCUACCUAGCCCGAAUGGGUGACUCAGGAGCGGACACCGGGUGGGGACAGGGCCGCCCUCCCUCCUGGAAGUCGGGGACCUCCAGGGCACACGACCCAGCCUCCCCUGCACCGACAAAGGGUCCUCGACCCUCUCGGUCGCACCGACAAAGGUGCAUCGUCCCCGGGCACGGACGGGGACGGGCCGGCCUCAGUGAAAAAGUCGAGUCGGGUGGCUCGCGCACUUCCAGGGUCCUCGACCCUCUCGGUCGCACCGACAAAGGUGCUUCGUGUCUGGGCGGGACAGGGCCGCCGACCGCUAUGGAAGUCGAGUCGGGUGGCUCGCGCACUUCCAGGGUCCUCGACCCUCUCAGUCGCACCGACAAAGGUGCAUCGUCCCCGGGCACGGACGGGGACGGGCCGGCCUCAGUGGAAAAAGUCGAGUCGGGUGGCUCGCGCACUUCCAGGGUCCUCGACCCUCUCGGUCGCACCGACAAAGGUGCAUCGUCCCCGGGCACGGACGGGGACGGGCCGGCCUCCCCGGCCUCAGUGGAAAAAGUCGAGUCGGGUGGCUCGCGCACUUCCAGGGUCCUCGACCCUCUCGGUCGCACCGACAAAGGUGCAUCGUCCCCGGGCACGGACGGGGACGGGCCGGCCUCCCCGGCCUCAGUGAAAAAGUCGAGUCGGGUGGCUCGCGCACUUCCAGGGUCCUCGACCCUCUCAGUCGCACCGACAAAGGUGCUUCGUCUCUGGGCGGGACAGGGCCGCCGACCGCUAUGGAAGUCGAGUCGGGUGGCUCGUGCACUUCCAGGGUCCUCGACCCUCUCAGUCGCACCGACAAAGGGUCCUCGACCCUCUCAGUCGCACCGACAAAGGUGCAUCGUCCCCGGGCACGGACGGGGACGGGCCGGCCUCAGUGAAAAAGUCGAGUCGGGUGGCUCGUGCACUUCCAGGGUCCUCGACCCUCUCAGUCGCACCGACAAAGGUGCUUCGUCUCUGGGCGGGACAGGGCCGCCGACCGCUAUGGAAGUCGAGUCGGGUGGCUCGUGCACUUCCAGGGUCCUCGACCCUCUCAGUCGCACCGACAAAGGUGCAUCGUCCCCGGGCACGGACGGGGACGGGCCGGCCUCAGUGAAAAAGUCGAGUCGGGUGGCUCGCGCACUUCCAGGGUCCUCGACCCUCUCAGUCGCACCGACAAAGGGUCCUCGACCCUCUCAGUCGCACCGACAAAGGUGCAUCGUCCCCGGGCACGGACGGGGACGGGCCGGCCUCAGUGAAAAAGUCGAGUCGGGUGGCUCGCGCACUUCCAGGGUCCUCGACCCUCUCAGUCGCACCGACAAAGGUGCAUCGUCCCCGGGCACGGACGGGGACGGGCCGGCCUCAGUGAAAAAGUCGAGUCGGGUGGCUCGCACUUCCAGGGUCCUCGACCCUCUCAGUCGCACCGACAAAGGUGCAUCGUCCCCGGGCACGGACGGGGACGGGCCGGCCUCAGUGAAAAAGUCGAGUCGGGUGGCUCGCGCACUUCCAGGGUCCUCGACCCUCUCAGUCGCACCGACAAAGGGUCCUCGACCCUCUCAGUCGCACCGACAAAGGUGCAUCGUCCCCGGGCACGGACGGGGACGGGCCGGCCUCAGUGAAAAAGUCGAGUCGGGUGGCUCGCGCACUUCCAGGGUCCUCGACCCUCUCAGUCGCACCGACAAAGGUGCAUCGUCCCCGGGCACGGACGGGGACGGGCCGGCCUCAGUGAAAAAGUCGAGUCGGGUGGCUCGCGCACUUCCAGGGUCCUCGACCCUCUCAGUCGCACCGACAAAGGUGCAUCGUCCCCGGGCGGGACAGGGCCGCCGACCGCUAUGGAAGUCGAGUCGGGUGGCUCGCGCACUUCCAGGGUCCUCGACCCUCUCAGUCGCACCGACAAAGGGUCCAAGACCCUCUCAGUCGCACCGACGAAGGUGCUUCGUCUCUGGGCGGGACAGGGCCGCCGACCGCUAUGGAAGUCGAGUCGGGUGGCUCGUGCACUUCCAGGGUCCUCGACCCUCUCAGUCGCACCGACAAAGGUGCAUCGUCCCCGGGCACGGACGGGGACGGGCCGGCCUCAGUGAAAAAGUCGAGUCGGGUGGCUCGCGCACUUCCAGGGUCCUCGACCCUCUCGGUCGCACCGACGAAGGUGCAUCGUCCCCGUGCACGGACGGGGACGGGCCGGCCUCCCCGGCCUCAGCGAAAGUCGAGUCGGGUGACUCGCGCACUUCCAGGGUCGGAAGCGUCCUAACCCUAACCUCCAGGGCCCUCGACCCAGCCUGCUUAGCCCGAAGGGGUGACUCAGGAGCGGACACCGGGUCGGGACAGGGCCGCCCUCCCUCCUGGAAGUCGGGGACCUCCAGGGCCCCCGACCCUGCCUCCCCUGCCCGAGGGGAGGCCUCCGAGGCGGGCGGGACAGGGCCGCCCUCCCUCCUGGAAGUCGGGGACCUCCAGGGCCCUCGACCAAGCCUACCUAGCCCGAAUGGGUGA